GGCAAACGUAAAAUGUUGACUGUUGCAAUUAAAAGAGAACGGAGGAAGUAUAUUGGAAAACUCAUCUUGUUUUAAUCAUACCCAAGGUAAUUUACUCAUUUUCUGAUCUAAAGGCUCACAAUGGCCCGGCACUCUCCUUGCUUGCUAACGGCAGAGGAGCUGGAUCCAUGUUUGAUAUUGGCAGUUAAGGUCAUAGUGAAAUCAUUGAUGGGAUUGAGAUUGAAAGAUGGGUUUGAGGAAUAUGCAUACAUGCAUACAUACAUAUAUUAGGAUCAUUAGUUCGUACAUGCAAUUUACUAAUGAUGGGAAUUGGUUUGGAUGGCGCAGGUGCGGCGGCGGCGUUCGUGGGGGUGAACAUAGGGAUGGAUAUGGUGAAGAGGCCUUCGGCGACGGACGUGGUGGCGCUGCUGAAAGCUCAACAAAUAAAUCACGUGCGCCUAUUCUACGCCGACGCAGCCCUGCUCAGGGCUCUGUCCCACACGGGGAUCAAAGUGGUGGUGGGCGUGACCAACGGUGAGGUGGAAAUGUUCGCGAGAACCCCCUCCAGAGCUGCCCGCUGGGUCAACGACAUGGUGGCCGCUCCCAUCGCCGCUUCCACCAACAUCACCGCCAUCGCCGUGGGGAACGCGCUCCUCACCACUCUCCCAAGCGCGGCCGGCCGCCUGGUCCCCGCAAUGCGCCACCUCCACAAAGCCCUGGUCUCCGCCAACCUAAGCGACGCCGUCAAGAUCUCCACGCCUCAAUCCACCGACAUCAUGAGCGCGCAGUUCCCGCCGUCCGCCGCGUCGUUCAAUUCCUCCGCCGUCGUCCGCGAGGUUCUGGAGUUCCUGGAGAGCACGGGGUCGUUCUUCAUGCUCAACGCCUACACCUACCACAGCUAUGUGGACUCCCGCGGAGUCUUCCCCGUCGAGUACGCCCUCCUGCAGCCCGUCUCGGAGGCGCAGCGCAUCUCCGAUCCCAACACCGGCCUCCUCUACGAGACCAUGCUCGACUCCCUGGUCGACGCCACUUACUACGCCAUGUCCGCUCUCGGCUUCCGCAACAUCUCGGUGGUGGUCGCGGAGACCGGCUGGCCGUGGAACGGCGGCGUGGAGGAGCCGUAUGCCACCGUGAGCAACGCGGAGACGUACAACCACAACCUGAUCCUCCGCGUUUCGAACGGGUCGGGGACGCCCAGCCGCAGGGAGCUUCCCCUGAACGCCUACAUCUACGAGCUGUACAACGAGGACGGCAUGCCGGGGCCAGCCUCGGCGAGGAGCUGGGGAAUCUUUUUCUCGGACGGGAAGGCGGUGUAUCCUCUGAACCUGAGCGGCGCGGGGAGCGAAGGCGGCGGCUCCGGUGUGAACUCCGCGGCGGGUUAUUGUGUGGCAAAGCUGGGAGUGGCGGAUAAGGAUCUGGUGAAGGGGAUCAAUUGGGCGUGCGGGGAGGGGAACACCAACUGCUCCGCAAUCAGGCCGGAUGGGCGGUGCUACGGCCACACUCUGCAAAGCCGGGCGUCUUAUGUGUACAACGAGUACUACCAGAUCAUGCGUUUUUGCGGCGGCUCCUGUGACUUCAGCGGCACCGCAGCCAUCACCUUCACUCCUCCUAGUGAGUAGCUAGUACUUCAAUUCCACUUUCCCUUUUAUCAUUCACAUCUCCUUUUUCCUAACCCUACAAUUUAAUUUAUACGUACUUUACCCCACUAUUUUAUCUCCAUCCAGACUCAUCUUUUCUUUUGGCCUCAGGGUAUGGGGAAUGCAACUUUACUAAAAUAUUAAAUUCAAGCGCAAGUAUUUGCCCGCCACCAGGAUCCUCAGAUCCCACAGUUCCCUUUGCUGAAGCUACAAGAAUUCAUUAUCCCGAUGGCAACUGUAUCAUAGUAAUAUUGUUAGCUCUCACUUUCCUUCAAUUCCUGGUGUAAUUUUGGAGGUGUCUGCAUCUUUGUUCAUUAUUUUUCCUGUGUACAAGUACUUUAUGUCAAGAGUUUAGGCUAUAAUAAUUAUUAGAUCAUCUUGUUAUUUCAAAAGUUCAUUAGUUACUCUUUAGUUUCAUUCAUUUUUCAUCUUUCACCUAGCAAUACUUCAUUUCACUCUACCUGAAUUGUUAUACUCCGUAUUUAAUAGAUAUUGUCAAACAUGUGUGCUCUACAAAUUUGUUAUUUUUAAUAGGUAUUGCUCUCAAAGGUAAAAUACUUGUAUCCCUCAUACUACUACAUUAUAAGACGUACAAUGUACUUGAUUGCUUCUAAACUUUAGAAUUUACGAUUACUUGAAUCGAAGAUACAUGACAAUGCUCUAACACUAAUAACAACCGUUCAUAGUGUAGAACGCUCUUCCCUCUUUAUAGAACAGGCAGAGCGCCACGAUCAAUUGCAU